CAGUCACUGAGUCUCACAGCAUAACCAAAUCUCCAUCUCCCUCCCCUAUCUUCCUUCAUUCUUCUCCUCUCUCUUUCUCUCACAAACGUCGUUCUAUUUUGCUUUCGAUUUCACUCUCAGCGUGUUUCACUCUGUACAAAUCUCUCCAUCUUCUUACUCAACUCUAAAAUUUCUUCCAUUCUGCAACUCUUUCUCUCUGUUCCUUUUUUUCUUAAAUGAAGCCUCCUUGGCCGCGAUUUGAAGUUUCUGCUUGUUGAGAUUGGUUAGCACCCAGAGUUUACAGGGAGAUUUGAACUAUGGAUGUAGCUGAGUAUGAGGAAAAACAGUUUUCAGCAAGUGAUGCCAAGUUACAUGGACAGAUGUGCAAGGCGCUUUCUCUGAUAUAUUGCAAAAUAUUGUCGGUAUUUCCUUCCUUGGAAGCAGCUCGGCCUAGGAGCAAAUCUGGAAUUCAAGCAUUAUGUUCUCUGCACAUGGCCAUAGAGAAGACUAAAAACAUUCUUCAGCACUGCACAGAAUGUAGUAAACUUUACCUGGCUAUUACUGCAGAUUCUAUUCUUCUAAAAUUUGAGAGGGCUAAAUGUUCUCUCAAAGAUGGUCUUAAACGGGUGGAAGAUAUUGUUCCACAAUCUAUUGGGUGUCAGAUUCAGGAGAUUGUCAAUGAACUUGCAAGUGUGUCAUUUGCACUUGAUCCAUCAGAGAAGAAAAUUGGUGAUGAUUUAAUUGCAUUGCUUCAGCAGGGAAGAAAGUUUAAUGACUCUAAUGACAGCAAUGAACUUGAAUCUUUUCAUCAGGCUGCUAGCAGGCUUGGAAUUACAUCUUCUAGAGCAGCUCUUGCUGAAAGAAGAGCUCUCAAGAAGGUCAUAGAAAGGGCUCGGGCAGAGGAAGACAAGCGGAAGGAAUCAAUUGUUGCUUAUCUUUUGCAUCUUAUGAAGAAAUACUCAAAAUUAUUUAGAAAUGAGUUCUCAGAUGACAAUGAUUCUCAGGGUUCUGCACCUUGUUCUCCCACUGUUCAGGGAUCCAUUGAGGAUGGUGUUCCCGGUGUUCAUUGUCAGGCCUUUGACAGACAGUUUUCUAAACUUGGUUCCUUUUGUUUUAAGCCAAAUGAUAUGAAAUCAGAGCACAUGCCCCUUCCCCCUGAAGAGCUAAGGUGCCCAAUAUCUUUGCAACUUAUGUACGAUCCUGUAAUCAUUGCUUCUGGGCAAACUUACGAAAGGUUAUGUAUAGAAAAAUGGUUUAGUGAUGGCCACAGCACUUGCCCAAAGACCCAACAGAAGCUCACACAUCUCUGUUUGACUCCUAAUUACUGUGUGAAAGGUCUUGUUGCUAGUUGGUGUGAACAGAAUGGAGUUAAUAUUCCCGAAGGCCCUCCUGAAUCUCUUGAUCUUAAUUACUGGAGAUUGGCAUUCAAUGAGUCUGAAUCCACAAAUUCAAGAUCUGCAAACAGUGUCAGCUCUUGCAAGUUGAAGGGUAUUAAAGUGGUUCCAUUAGAAGAAAGGGGUACCUUUGAGGAAAUUGGGGGAAAUAGGGCUGAAAGUUUGUCUACACAAGAGGAAGAUAUUGCGCAGUACUCAAGCCUUCUGGAAAUCUUGACUGAGGCUAAUAGUUUGAAGAGGAAAUGUAAAGUGGUUGAACGAUUAAGGCUGCUGCUGAAGGAUGAUGAAGAAGCAAGGAUUUUUAUGGGGGCUAAUGGCUUCGUUGAAGUACUUUUGCGGUUUUUACAAUCAGCUGUGCGUGAAGGAAAUUUGAUGGCUCAGGAGCAUGGAGCAAUGGCUCUUUUCAACCUGGCUGUAAAUAAUGACAGAAAUAAGGAAAUCAUGUUGGCGGCAGGAGUAUUAUCAUUGUUGGAGGAAAUGGUUUCAAAUACUCCUUCGUAUGGUUGUGCAACUGCCUUAUACGUGAAUCUAUCUUCCCUUGAAGAGGCCAAGCGUUUGAUUGGUAUGAGUCAGGCUGUUCAGUUCUUAAUCGAGCUUCUUCAAGCUGACACUGAUAUUCAAUGCAAGCAGGAUUCUCUCCAUGCUCUCUAUAAUCUUUCCACUGUAACUUCCAACAUUCCUUACCUCCUUUCAUCCGGCAUCGUUGGCGGCCUACAAAUUCUUCUUGUGGACCAGGGCGAUUGUAGUUGGAUAGAAAAAUGUAUAGCUAUUUUGAUAAAUUUGGCUUCUUCCCAAGAUGGGAUGGAGGAAAUUUUAUCGACUCCAGGAAUUAUAGGCGCAUUGGCUUCAAUAUUGGACACAGGCGAGCUCCUAGAGCAGGAGCAAGCUGUCUCUUGCCUCCUGCUUCUAUGCAAUAGAAGUGAGAAAUGUUGUGAGAUGGUGCUACAAGAAGGUGUCAUCCCUGCAUUGGUUUCAAUAUCAGUGAAUGGAAAUCCAAGAGGGAGAGAUAAAGCUCAGAAACUCCUGAUGCUGUUUCGAGAGCAGCGGCAACGAGACCAUCCGCCAGUGCAAGCUGACGCACAUCAUUGCCCUCCUGAAACUAACGAUUUGUCAAUGCCGCCUUCUGAAAUGAAGCCGCAAUGCAAGUCAAUGUCUAGAAGUAAGACAGGGAAAGCUUUUAGCUUUUUCUGGAAAAGCAAGAGCUUUUCUGUCUACCAGUGUUAAGCUCCAAAGGUUUGUAACUUGUAAAUCUCUGCAUUUCGCUUCCAAUGGG